AAAUAAAAUGAUUUAAAGUUAACUAUAUACAUUGUGCUGCUGUUAUAUACUUCUUUCAAUUCUAAGCAAAAAUAUAUUUAUUUAUGUAUUUAUUAAAUCAUAUAUCUGGAAGCUUUAGAUAAGAAAUUUUUUGUUGCUUAAAAGAGGGAAAUAAAAUGUCUUAAAGCUCAUUAAGUGUGGUGCUGCUGUUAACUUCUGCAUUCAACUUUAACCAGAAAUAAGGCUGGUUUAAUUAGAAACUCUAGCCUUUACAAUAAUAAAAUCGCUUUUUUAUAAAGUCAAAGUAAAGGAAAGUAAAGGCAUGAGUGAUGUUAAAAGACGUGUACUAUCAAUACAAAGUCAUGUAGUCCAUGGGUAUGUAGGCAAUAAAAGUGCGACCUUUCCUUUACAAGUACUUGGGUUUGAAGUGGAUGGUAUAAACUCUGUCCAAUUUUCCAAUCACACCGGCUAUAAAGUAGUAAAAGGCCAAAUAUUAAAUGAAACAGAAUUGGAUGAGCUUUUCCGUGGAUUGGAGUGUAAUAAUUUAUUGAAAUGUUAUUCGCAUUUACUUACUGGUUAUAUAGGUGAUGUUUCUUUUUUGCGGAAAAUAGCCGAAAUUGUAAAGAAACUAAGAUCCGAGGAUUCAAAAAUAAUUUAUGUAUGUGACCCAGUUUUGGGUGAUAAUGGUAAAAUGUAUGUACCAGCGGAGUUAUUACCCAUUUAUCAAACUGUAAUUAUUCCAUUGGCUGACAUUGUAACACCCAAUCAAUAUGAAGCAGAACUCUUAGCUGGUAUGAAAAUUGCUUCCGAGUCAGACGUGUGGAAGGCUGUUGGCUGGUUUCACGAAAAGGGUGUCGACAUUGUUGCUAUAUCGAGCAGCGAUUUCGGUCAAAGAGGAGAACUACGGACAUUUUUGAGCAAAAAAAAUGGCCCUCGUUUCGUCCUGAACAUUCCCAAACAAGGAUCGAGUAUAUCAUUUACUGGUACUGGUGAUCUCUUUGCUUCACUUUUUUUAGCGCACAGCUAUCGAAAGCAGUCCGAUCAAUUGGGAUAUGCCUUAGAGCGUACUGUAGCAACAUUGCAAGCAGUUAUAAAACGUACUAUUGCCGAAAUUCCUGAAGUUAUGUUAAAUGGCAAAGAAGCGCCAAAUUAUUCACAGUGUGAAUUGAAAUUAAUCCAAAGUAAAGCCGAUAUUGAAAAUCCUCAAGUGGUAUUAAAAGCAGAACAAAUUAAAUGAAAUCCUUUCGUAUAAGGUUACCUGUAUAUUAUUGUUUUAUGUUUUCAUUCAUAUAUGUGUACAUAUAUUUUUUAACACUUUUAUGACAAUAAGAAAAUCGUUGUUAACAUAUUAUAUAUUAAGAUAAAA